AAUAUACAAAAACGUUACAUUUUGUUCUAUCAUUUAUAACGUAAAUUCCUUGCUUUAGUUUUUGUUUUGUACCCGAAUAUGCGAAACAAUAGCAUUGUGUACACCCUGUUAAAGUUCCACUAAUACUUAAUCACAAAGCACUAUUGUUAUUUAUAUACGACUUCUUUUCGAAAAAAUAUUAUUAGUGGAUUCGAUCUCAAGGCAAUAGUUAUAAACUUCAGUCUAACAAACACGUACAUUAACAACAUUAACAAUAACUAAAAAUGGAGGAACCACGAAGUGACAAAAUCUAUGGAGGAUGUGAAGGACCUGAUGCUAUGUACGUUAAAUUAAUAUCGUCAGAUGGCCAGGAAUUUAUUGUAAAACGAGAGCAUGCUCUGACCUCUGGAACCAUAAAGGCUAUGCUUUCGGGUCCUGGACAGUUUGCAGAAAAUGAAGCAAAUGAAGUGCAUUUUAGAGAAAUUCCAUCUCACGUCCUCCAAAAGGUUUGCAUGUACUUUACAUAUAAAGUGCGAUACACCAACAGUUCUACUGAAAUUCCCGAGUUUCCGAUAGCCCCUGAGAUAGCGUUGGAGUUGUUGAUGGCAGCAAAUUUCUUAGAUUGUUGAAUAAUAGAUGCAAAAUACAUACAUAUAUACAAACUUUUUUAGUUGAAAUGUUCUGAUAAAUACUGUUUACUAUUUCUAACUGACUUCUUAUGCGUGAAAAAAUGAAAUAAUAAUAAAUUUUGUCUGAGGAAAAAUAUA